CCUGGGAUUCUCACUACUGCCGUGCGCGAUGGAUGUUGGGUUUUGAUUGAAGAUAUAGAUCUCGCGUCAAUGGACGUGUUAUCUAUCUUAUUUCCUUUGCUUGAGACUGGUCAACUUUUCAUUCCAGACAAAGGUCAAAAAAUUUAUGCAAAGCAGGGUUUUCAAUUAUUUGCAACAAGAAGUUUAAUGUCCGACUGUGAUAAUGAGAUUUCAAAAAGGCAAACGACUGAUUCUGUUAUCGGUCAUACAUUAUGGACCAAAAUUAAAGUACAAUCCCAAAGUAUCGAUGAACUAGAAUCUAUAGUUGCAAAUCGUUUUGGAGGUUUACAGGAUUUAGUUCCCGAUAUUAUACGUGUUUAUAAAGCCAUGGUUUCCAUUUAUCAAGAUGUUACAAUGUUUUCAUCAAAUGCACUUAGAUUUAUAUCUGCUCGUGAUUUGAUGAAAUGGUGUAAGAGAAUCGAAUUUUUUAUUGGUUCAAAUGAUCUUGUGACUUAUAGUCAAGGUCUUUCAAAUAAAGUGCGAGAAGAACUUUUCAAAGAAGCCGCUGAUUGCUUUUGUGCCAUGAUUUCAGACUAUAAAAGUUGGUUCAUGGUGUUAGAGAGGCUUGGUGAAACUCUAGGAAUGACUGAUCAAUGGGUUCAAUUCUAUGUAAAUUCUUACAUUCCAAACAUUAAUAUUGAUGAUAAGGAUAUUAUAAUUGGACGGGCUCGGUUUCUUUCAGUGAACCGCAAAAAAAAUAUAAACAUUAAACGUGAAUCACAACAACAAUCAUUUGCCAACACAGGUCAUACUUUAAGAUUAUUGGAACAAAUUGCAGUAUGUGUUCUUCUAUGUGAGCCUGUCCUAUUAGUUGGCGAAACUGGAACUGGUAAAACGGCAACAAUUCAAUAUUUAGCUGAACUUAUGCAUCAAAAUCUUAUCGUUGUUAAUUUGUCACAACAAGGUGAUAGCAGUGAUCUUCUUGGUGGUUUUAAGCCGGUUGAUGCAAAAGUUAUAGUUACGCCCUUGAAAGAAGAAUUUGAUAAAUUAUUUAGAAAAACUUUUUCAGUGCAAAAGAAUUCUCGUUUUUUGGAAACAAUACAUAAAAUGUAUGUUACCAAGAAAUAUUCAAAAUUAGUAACUUUAAUGCAAGAGGCAAUUAAAUUAGUUGAGACAAGUUUUAACACGGAACAAAGUCAAGAUGAACAAAAGAAUUCACGAAAAAUAUCAAGUCCUGAGCUAAGAAAUCAAUGGAAAUUAUUUGAAAAUUCUGUUAAGGAAUUUCAAUACCAGCUUGAUCAAAUACGUAACAAAUUUGUUUUUAAAUUUGUUGAAGGUUCUUUAGCGAAUGCUGUUACAAAAGGUGAUUGGAUUCUUCUGGAUGAAAUUAAUUUAGCAUCAACAGAAACCUUAGAAUGUUUAAAUAGCAUUCUUCAAGAUUCAGAGAGCUCUUUGUUAUUAAUUGAAAAAGGUGAUUCUAAACCAAUCACUCGUCAUCCAAAUUUUAGAAUUUUCGCAUGUAUGAAUCCUGCAACUGAUGUAGGCAAGCGGGAUCUUCCACCUGGACUACGCAGCCGAUUUUCAGAGUUUUAUGUUAAUUCUCCAGAUAGUAGACGGGAUGACUUGUUGUGCAUUGUAAAAAAAUACUUAUCGGGAUGUAUUCAUGGCGAAGAUCGUGUCUGUAUUGAAAUAGUUGAUUUUUAUUUGGAGGUAAAGGAAUUGCAACGACAGCACAAGCUUGUUGAUGGAUCAAAUCAACGUCCUCAUUUUAGCAUGAGAACUCUUACUCGCGCAUUGAGCGUUGUCUCUCAAAUCACGCCAAUAUAUGGAUUAAAACGUUCUAUUUAUGAAAGUUUCUGUAUGACAUUUUUGACUCAAUUGAACAAAGAAAGUGAAAUAAUAAUGCAAGGCUUGAUCGAAAACUGUUUGUUAAAUGAUAUUAAUCUUAAGGCUCUAAUUACUCAAAUUCCGCGACAGCCGUCUAACGCUGAUUAUGUCCAAUUCGGAUGUUAUUGGUUAAAAAUUGGGCAAUAUCCUUCAAAAGAAGUAUCAAAUUAUAUAUUAACGCCUUCAGUAAUGAAAAAUUUGAACAAUAUAGCGAGAGUUGUCAUGAGCAGUAAAUUUCCAGUGUUACUUCAGGGCCCUACCUCAGCUGGAAAAACGAGUAUGAUUCAUUAUUUGGCUCAAAGAACUAAUCAUCGAUUUAUGAGGAUUAACAACCAUGAACAUACCGAUCUUCAAGAAUAUCUUGGUAGUUAUGUUACAAACAGUGAAGGCAAACUCGAAUAUCAGGAAGGGAUACUUGUUGAAGCAGUGAGAAAAGGUUAUUGGCUUGUGUUAGACGAGUUAAAUCUCGCACCUACUGAUGUAUUAGAAGCUCUAAAUCGUCUUUUAGAUGAUAAUAGAGAACUUUUUAUUCCUGAAACACAAGAAGUGAUCAGACCACAUAGUGACUUUAUGCUUUUUGCGACUCAAAAUCCACCUGGAUUAUAUGCCGGGCGUAAAGUACUUUCCCGUGCAUUUCGUAAUCGGUUCGUUGAGAUACAUUUCGAUGAUAUUCCGGAAGAUGAACUAGAAACUAUUCUUUCGGAGAGAUGUGCUAUUGCUCCAUCUCAUUGUAAACGUAUGGUCCAAGUCUAUAAAAGACUUAUGGAACAACGUCAAAAUUUAUUCCGGUGGGCAAAAAGGGGUGCGAUAGAUUAUAAGGAAUUGGCUGAACAGGGUUUUAUGCUUUUGGCAGAAAGGGUAAGAAAGCCUGAUGAAAAAUUAAUUGUUAAACAAGUAUUAGAGACGGUAAUGAAGGUAACUAUCGAUGAAAAUGCCAUAUAUGAUUGCUCUAAAUUGGAUGAGUUUAAAAUGUAUCAAAAAAACAAUAUAGUUUGGACAAAAGCUAUGAAACGAUUAUUUAUGCUUGUUGCGCAAUGUUUAAGGUUUAAUGAGCCUGUCUUAUUAAUUGGUGAAACUGGAUGUGGCAAAACGUCAGUGUGUCAAGUGUUGGCCGAAGCUCGAUACACUGACUUGUAUGUUUUAAAUUGUCAUCACAGCACUGAAACUGCGGAUUUGCUAGGUGGGCAAAGGCCGUUGAGAAAUCGAGAUGUUUUGAAUUCUGAACUUAAACACGAUAUUUCUGAGUACUUGAAAAAUCAUGAACAACAUGAUAUAGAUUUGGAAAAGCUUGAUUUGUGUGAAUUGGUUAGACAUCUUGAUCUUGUUUCCAAAGAUGAACAGAACUUACAAAUUGAUAAAGAUAAAGUCAAACACUUAUCAUCAAGAUAUAAACAGUCUUGCACUUUAUUUGAAUGGAUUGAUGGACCGCUUGUUAAGGCCAUGAAAGGUGGAUCGUUUUUUUUACUAGAUGAGAUUUCUUUAGCUGAUGACUCUGUUAUAGAGCGUCUUAAUAGUGUUCUUGAGCCUCAUCGAAGUUUAACAUUACCGGAAAAAGGAGGGAAGUGCAUUAAAGAAUUAGUUGCUGAAAUUGGGUUUCAAUUUUUGGCGACUAUGAACCCUGGAGGUGAUUAUGGGAAAAAAGAAUUGUCACCUGCUUUGAGAAACAGAUUUACAGAGAUUUGGGUUCCGCCAGUAUCAAGUGAGGAAGAUCUGUUGCAAAUUAUUAGUUCACAACUUAUAUAUCCUGAGUCAAAAAACGUUGGACUGUCGAUUUUAGAAUUUAUAAAUUGGUUUUUUCAUAUACUUGGUAAUCAGGGCGCAAUCAUUAGUCUUAGGGAUAUUUUGUCAUGGGUAAACUUUAUUAAUGUCACUAUAGGACAACUUGGUCCCAAAGAAUCCUUUAUUCAGGGUGGAUGCCUAGUAUUCUUAGAUGGACUUGGAUCGAGUUCCGCAUCACGCACGUUAUUAUCAGGGCAAACUUUAAAAGAUAUUCGAAUGAAAUGUUUGACGAAACUGAAAGAAUUAAGCGCUAAUUUUGCUGUUUUUGAAUCAUUUGUCAAUUUUGAUUGUGAGCCAAUUAAAAUACAUUCCAAUGAAACACAUUUUGGUAUUAAUUACUUUUCUAUACCUAAAGGACCAUAUAUAUCUCAUGACAUUACUUUUACUUUACAUGCACCUACUACUUCGGAUAAUGCUAUACGCAUUCUUCGAGCUAUGCAAGUCCGAAAACCCAUUUUAUUGGAAGGUAGUCCAGGCGCUGGUAAAACUAGUUUGAUCACUGCGUUGGCAGCAGCGUCAGGUCACAAACUUGUUCGUAUAAACUUAUCUGAUCAGACCGAUUUGAUAGAUUUGUUUGGUUCAGAUCUUCCUGUUGAAGGUGGAAUAAGUGGCGAAUUUGCAUGGCGAGAUGCACCAUUUUUACAAGCAAUGAAAUCAGGGGAUUGGGUAUUAUUAGAUGAGCUUAAUCUUGCAUCACAAUCUGUAUUAGAAGGCCUCAAUUCAUGCUUAGAUCAUCGUGAAGCGAUAUACAUACCAGAACUGGACAAGGAAUUCUUCUGUGCUAAAGAAUUUCGCGUUUUUGGUGCGCAAAAUCCUUUGCAUCAGGGUGGAGGUAGAAAAGGCCUCCCUAGAUCAUUUAUUAAUCGAUUUACACAGGUUUAUAUUGAUCAACUCACGAAUAAUGACCUACUCUUUAUAUGUAAGAGCUUAUUUCCACAAGUAAAGGAAGUUGUUUUGGAAAAAAUGAUAGAGUUUAAUACUCGGAUAAAUGAAGAUAUAAUGAUUAAAUGCUUAUAUGGGCGAAACGGGGCUCCAUGGGAAUUCAAUUUGCGAGACAUAUUUCGUUGGCUUGAAUUACUUAGUAAAGAUUAUAGCCUUGGAUUUUACUCUUCACCUGAUGAGUAUUUGGAUCUCAUCUAUCUUCAGAGAAUGAGGACUGAACAAGAUAGGGAUUGCAUUAUUUCAGUUUUCAAUGAAAUUUUUGGCCAGAAUUAUCAACGACCAAAACAUCCAUAUUAUCAUAUUGAUCCUAAAUUUGUUCAAGUUGGUCAUUCACUUUUAAAGCGUGAAGAUUCUCAUAUAACUCAUUCUUCAAUAAAUAAGUUGCAUAUUUUACAAUCUCAACUACGUCCAUUGCAAUCAUUGAUGAAAUGUGUUGAAAUGAAUUGGAUGGUCAUAUUAACCGGUCCUGAAGCAUCUGGAAAAACCAAUUUAGUAAGAUUACUUUCAAACCUCACUGGAAACCCGCUUGAAGAAUUCAUGAUGAAUAAUUCUGUAGACACUAUUGAAUUAUUAGGUGGAUUUGAACAAUUUGAUUUAUCCCGACAUCGUCAAAUUGUAAUUAAUGAGUUAUUAAAUCUGACUAACGAAGUUACUAAAUAUGUACUUUUAUCAACGCAUGUUCAACUAUCAAAUUCUAAUUUCCAAACUGAUAAUAUUGUGCAAACUUUGAUGCAACUUAAUCAUGUAUUAUUCACUUUGAAAAACUAUUUCAAAUUUAACAUGCGCUUGGAUUAUUCAAUAGUUGAUUAUUUAUUGUCAAUACUUGAACAGACCAUUUCAAGUUAUGGCUUAACCUUAACAAUUAAAUGGCAUGCAAUUUUCGAUAAAGUUACUAGCUUGAAGUCUAAGGAAAAUGAACCAGUUUCAGGCCUUUUUGAAUGGGUUGAUGGUGUAAUAAUUAAAGCAUUACAGAAUGGUCAUUGGUUACUAAUUGAUAAUGCUAAUCUCUGCAAUCCAUCAGUUCUUGAUAGACUCAAUUCUUUACUUGAACCAAAUGGUGUUUUAAUGGUAAACGAGCAUAGUAUGAUUAAUGGUGAAAUAAGGAUGAUUCGUCCUCACAAAAAUUUUAGGCUCUUUAUGACCCUUAAUCCAAAAAACGGAGAAUUAUCACGCGCAAUGCGAAAUCGUGGUGUAGAAAUUGCAUUAUUAAAUACGGAAAUGAUCGAAAAUCGGCAAGAUUUGACAAGACUUGCCAACAGUUUUGGGCUUUGGCAUCCUUAUUUUCCAGCUGCUAUGGAAAAAUUUAUAAACGAAAUUAAUAAUAUGUCAUUGUCCAGUAAAUUUCGACCAACCUUAAGAUGGUAUAUCAUGAUUGUGAAAAUGGUGAUUGAAAGAAUUCAACGUGGUGAUAACUUUUCACAAGCUUUAAUUUCAUCGUUGCGACAAGCUUGUCAUUGUAUUGACAGUCAUAACUUUGAAGUGUAUUUUCAAGAUUUUAUCAAAACUUAUGAAUUCGAUAAGAUAUACUUUUCAUCCAACAUGUUAUUGUCUUCUAAUUAUCCAUUUGUUGUUGAUGGUGAUUUAUAUAAAAAUGAAUCAAUUUUGGCCAAAAUUUGUUUGCAAGCUUCUCAUCUAUUACAUAUUGUGCUCAAAUGUGAAACAUCUGCCGGUCAUAAUAUGAAGUCAAUCAUAUCGAGUCCAUUAAUUAUAGCUAGUGAAUGUUUUGUUGAGAUGACUUCUUUAGAAGAUUUUCCAAUACGACAAUAUUGGGUUAAUUUUGUUUCCUCUGCAAUGCAAUCUUCGCAUUUGUUAGUUAAUAAUAAGCAAAACUCCUUGGAUUAUACUCAAUUUUUACUAAAUAAAGUUAUAAAUCACUCUCUUGCUAUUCAACUUGCUGACAUUAAAAGUCGAUUAGCUUAUGAAAUCGGUCUUGAUGUGUCCUAUAUGUCAUAUCAGCCUCUUGACAUUACAAGUAAUCUUCCUUUAAUCAAUUCAAUUGAUAUAUACACAUCCAACCUUUGUGAUAACUUGAAAACUGGUGUAAUCCAUAUGUUAUGGAAAGAAUAUUCCUCAAAAAUUAAAUCGUUUUAUUUGUUGAAACAUAUUUUGAGGAAUGAAUAUAUUGAGAAUGUGGCUUAUGAACAGGCAAUGCAGCAGAAAGUCUCAAAUAUGACUUUGGCACAGCAGUCAUAUUGCUAUCAUCAAGGAAAAAUUUCUGAGAGUCAGUUGGGUAAUAAGAUUGUUGGGGUUAUAUAUCCUUUUCUGGAAAGAUCAAGACAAUGUGUCCUUUCUUGUAUUGAAAGAGAGUUAAAUGAUGAUGAGCUGUCUUUGUUAUUUGAGUUUAUAAACCAACGAGAUUUCUUAUGGGAAUGUUUGCAGCAAUCAUCUCUCGACAUUGGAGAGUUAUCUACAUGCACCAAAAUGCUUUAUGAUAUAAUAUUUUCAUUAUACGAUAAACAUCAAGAAAUUAUGCGCCCUUUAUGUGAUAUUUUGAACACACUGACUGAAGUUACAGCUUUAACGACAGGAUUAUUUAUGAAAAUACUAUGGAAACAUUUUCAUCAUAUAUCUCUUAAAAAUAUGGAUCUUUUUCUACUUAAACAAGAGUUAUUUUCAAUUGAAAGCGAAUUGAAUAAAUACGAUACAAAUCAAGAUAGUGCAUAUAAAAUAAAAAUAAUGCUGGUUGAUGCUGCCGCCACAUUAUACUUCCUCGAUGAAAGAACGGAUGCUGAUUCUAUUAAAUUAUUGGAUUCAAUAAAGAAGAUUCCCGUGCAUAUUCGAACAAAGCUUGCUGAUACUCGUUUAAAAUCUAUUGAUUGCGAUGUCAAGCCUUCCUUGCAAGAUCCAUGUGAGCUGUUCAAUUGCAUAAUGGACUAUUGGAGUGUUAUUUACGAGAUGCAAAUUAUGAGUCAGCUUCAAUUCAUUGCUGCGCAAGAAUUUAAGUCUACAAAUGUUGAGUAUAGUACGAUACUUUGUCAGAUAUCUGAAUUUCGCGAUUGGAUGCUAAUAAAUUCGACAAGAAAACCGUUGGACUUUACUCCACACCAGCAACUUCUCUGGAUAUACGGAAAUGAUGCCAAUGUUCCAAAGGAUAAAGCCGAACGCAUGUUGAACAACAUUAUUCAGGAUAUUUUAUAUGGUUGGCACAUUAAACUAUGGAACAGCAGCUUCAGCAACGCUAUUGUGGAUAAUGAUGUGACCACCUCAAAAUUUUCAAGGGCAAGUCAUACAGCUUUUAGCCCUGCUAGGUUAUUUCAAAGCGCUUUUAGCGAAUAUUAUUUUAAAUUCACGCUACAAUAUAUACCUAUCGGUUCAUUCAAUUCUGCAUUAAAUUGUCUUGAAAAUUUUGAAAAGCAAAUUGGAAAUAAAUUAGUCAUUAAAAUAAAUCGAAUGAACUUCGAUAUUGCUUGUCUUGUGCAGCAUCUUAAGCAGGUUUUCCUUCCGCUUAGUCAUUUAUUUUCUUCAGAGUCUUGGCAUGAAAUAUGUCGCAAUUUUGAAAUUAUUCUUAAUGCAACUAAAAGUUUACCGGUUCUCAAGACGAACGACACUAUUGUUAAUUCACUUGAUGCUCUUUCUGCCGCCUUGAAAACAACACACGAUUCGUUCUUUCUUCUCGCAUUAGAUCGAUGGUUUAUUCCAAUAGUUAAUUCCAUUUCAAUCAUUUUCAAAGAAUGUGCAUCUCACACAUAUGACAAGUUGUUAGUGAAAAUCGGACGCGCGUGGGUCUUCCUUGCAUUAGGUUUUAUUACAUUGUACGUUCCAAAUUAUCCCUUUGACCCGACGAUGGAAACCUCUUUUAAAUGUAAGCAAUUGCAAUUUAUGCAAUCCCAUUUGGAAAUGGAAAUCAAUGUACGUGCUGAUUUUGAACGGAAUAUAACUGGCGAGUCUACAAACAAUCCCAUUAAGAAUCUAAGGCAAAAUUUAGACGACGUUAGAUCACUUUUGACGCGUAAAUCUGUCGAGUUGGCAUUGCGUCCAGAUAUUUCGCAAAUUAACGAGCUUUUUAGACAUAUACAUUACAUUUGUAAUAAUGUUAUAGAUGUAACACAUAUUCUAACACUUCUGGACGACCUGGAAAAAGGAAACGAUUCGUCUGUUCUUGAGCGUGAGAUUUUAUUACAAGAGAAUACAUUACAAUUUAUUCAACGAAUGAAUCAAAAUUACCCUCUCUAUCGUGAUUUACUUCAACCAAUUUUUAUUUCUAUUUUUCAAUUAAAACAUGGUAUUAGGCUGGCUGCAUCAUCUUUCAAAUGUUGGAACUCUUCACAUGAAUUAACAAUCUUUAAUGUGAUAAAAUGUCUUUUAUCAAUUACCAAAUUGGGAUAUCCAUUAGAGUGCAUUGAGAUACUUGCAUCAUCUGAUUCAUUGAAAAGCAUUAAAAAGUUUAUUUUUUCUGCAGAAUCUAUUACUGAAAAAUGGGAUAAAUAUUUGGAAUAUAUGGUUGUCGUUCUUCGAUGUUUAUAUUCUCACAUAUCAAAGCGUGGUCACAUAAUUUCUAAAGAUUUAGAAUUUAUUCAAAGAAUAUUCGGAGAAAUAGCAGACGUAUACGUUGCUGCUGAAGAUCAAAAGAAGAAAAUCGCUUAUGAAAAAGAAUGUUUAUACAAAAAUAAAACUAAAGUGUACUCUAAUAUUACUGACGAGCAGGAUGCCGAAGCAGAGCUUAAACGGAUGUUUCCGGAUUUUAGUCAAGAUUUUGAUGACACGAGUGAUGAUAAUGAGAUUGAUAAUGAGAUAGAUGAUUCACAAUCAAAGUCAUUAGAAGAUGUGGUAAUUGUCAAAGAUGAAAUUAUUAUAAAUAUAUGCACAUUACAUAAAAUGUUUGUCAGUGACUUUAACUUAUAUUGUGCAAAAUGUGUUGAAGGCUGCCCGAAGGCAAUUCAGCAGACGUUCUGGGCAACUUUUAGCAUGGCUCGAGAUCUUGCUUCACUUAAUAACAAAUUAUAUCCAGAAGAACUUGAUGACGCAUUUGCAACAUGCACAUUAUUAGGCACGUCGAUAUUAAAAAAUUGGUUCGUAGGAAAGAAUGAAAUCAUAAAUAUAUAUAGUUCAAACAAUACAGUUCCAGAAUUGUAUGAUUUCUAUAAAGAUCAUAACAUAUUUGAAGCAAAAAAAUUAAUUCCUAUAAUCACAAACUUGCAACAACGUGUUACGGAAUUAAUCGUAAUGUGGCCUGAACAUGCAAUACUUCACCAAAUUAAUAAUAUUUGCGAAAGGAUCAAAGGAUUCAAUUUAAAUUCACCUAUUGCAAAAUUCCUUACAGGAUUAGAAAUUUUAUUACAAAAAACUGAAGAUUGGGAAACGUAUGCUAGUAGAGAUACAACAAUUAAAUCAUAUCAAAAAGAAAUUAUUGAGCUUAUUAUUCAAUGGAGGCAACUUGAAUUGACUUGCUGGCCAAAGUUACUGGCGGUACAAGAAAAAUAUUAUGAAUUAUCCGCAUCCAAAUGGUGGUUCCACCUCUUUAACUGUAUAAUUCUGCCCAUAAAUGAUCUUAACAAGCAAUCAUCUUACGAUAGAACAACUACAAUUUUCCAACAGCACAUAAAUGAAAUUGUUCGCACUCUUGAUCAAUUCUUGCAAUCGUCGAAAUAUGGUGACUUUAAAUCUCGGCUCGAAUUAAUCCGUUGCUUCUACGAACAUCUUUGUACAUUGGAUCAUUUUUCAAAAGUUAAUGCACAUAAUAAUUCAAGUGAUGAAACGUAUAAAUCACUUUAUAAACAAGCAGCUGAUGUGCUUUGGAACGUCUACAAGUACUAUUCCCAAUUUCUUUAUGAACUUGACAAUGCGUUAGUUGAUAUGCGUAAGCCUAUAGAAAAAGACCUUUGUCAAUUCGUAAAGAUUGCUAGUUGGAAAGAUAUAAAUAUUUAUGCCUUAAAGCAGAGUGCCCAAAAAACCCAUCGACACUUAUCGAAAUGUAUUCGAAAAUAUCGAGAUGUACUUGAUAGGCCAGUUACUGAUAUUAUAGCAUCCUGUCAAACGAUUUUCCCCAAGAGCCAGUUAGGAAGUAACAGUUCCAAUGAUGUUGAGUAUUGUACGUACGAUUGCCCGGAAAAUUGGUUUCCGAACACUAUUUCUAUUGAUCCUCCUGCAACGACAUUAGAGCUACAAAUAGAAUUAAGCAAAGAAGUAUUACCUGCACCUGACCGAUUCAUAAACAUCGACAAAACCUUGAAAAAAUUCCGUUAUUAUUGUCUUAAUGAUAUUUUCUUAUAUAAACCACUUAGUAAAAAACCUAUUCUCGAUGAUUUUGCUACAGAAAUUAUUGCGCGAAUAAAAACGCUCCAAGAACAAACACAUUACAUAAUGGAUAAAGACAAAAAAAACUAUAUCAUAAAUCUUAAAUUGGUAAAGAAAAAAUCUUUAGUUGAUCUUUUAAAAGAAUUGAAAAGGAUUGGAUUGUGCAAAUUUCCAAAUACAAAGGUUAUAAAGCAACAACAAGAUCUGGUUGGCUAUACUUUUCAACUUCCUAGAAUUCAAAUAACCAAAUCAUUGUAUGAAACUGUAGAAUCCUUACUCCAUAAGGACGAGUCCACUUCAAAACCUCCAACUACGCAUAUUUUCGUACCAAUUUUGCAAAAAGCUGAUGAUUAUUAUUACCGAAUUAUUGCUCAAAUGACACAUCUUCGACAAAUAUCCACAACUCAUUCUAAGGAUCUUUCACUUCAAGAAGUACAGAAAGGAUUAGGUUUUGUAGAAGACUUAUUAUGUUUAUUAAUAGAAGAAAGAAAAUUCUUGUGCGAAUUAGAACAAGAGUACAUUGGACUUUCAGGAGUCAUGGUACAAUUAGGCUCAAUAUAUUCAGCAUACAAUUCCCAUCGCUUAAAUGCUAAAGACUGUGGAUUAGUGUGUCUCGAUUCUUUCGAUGAAAAAAGUGUAUGGAAUAUCAAAAUGCUCUUAGAUGAUAUAGAAUGCAUGUUAUCACAUUCACGCUUACUAUUUAAUAUUCAAAAACAAUUCUCCAAACAUGAAGUUUCUUUUGAAUAUGAAGAGAUCAGUCAUAAUAUUGGUAAUUUGUUUGAGAUAAUCUCUGCAGCUCGAAAGAGAUUUAGUUGUGUAUUCGACAGGAUCGUUCUAUAUCCUGACUAUGCAAACGGAAGUGCUGGAAUUAUAACUCAGGAUAUUAUAAAAAUGGCCAAGAAUGAGAUUCAUAUAAUUAGUACUUUGUAUACAUAUGUUAAAGAUCUAUGCUCUCGUCAUCCGGAUCUUUCACACAUUUUCCAACCGCUUUGUGAAUACAUAACUUCUAAAAAUAACCUGUUUCAAUUUUCGAAACAAGAUAAUUAUACGCAUCCAAGCUUAAAUAAAGAAACAAAGUUAACUCUCGGACGAAUUGUUCACAAAAUCAACAAUUUACUUGAUGAGAUCCUACUAUGUAUCCAAAAUUUAAGAAAACUGUCCGCUCAAAACGACAUUCAUCACCAACAUCAAGAAGACAUGUGUGAUGGUUAUAUCCGUUAUGAACAUGAAUGCUAUCUAAACUUUUUAAAGAAACUACAAUUAAAAAUUACUUUGGAUCAUUUCAAUGAGAUCCAUUCACAACUUUCUGAAUUAAUGGAUGAUAAUAGAUUUAAAAAUGAUAUUUGUCAGGAUUUAAUUUCAUGUUUAUUACAAAGAAUCUUUCCAUUUAUUCAGCAGUACUUAAUAAUCGUUAAUGGAUUUAUGUUAAAUUUUAUUUUACACCAUAAAUCAUUGUGUAAGCUCUCAUUGGUACUUUGUAACUCUUUUGUAAUCAUUUUCACAAAAGGAUUCUGCAUGCCGGAAACAGAAAUGAAAGAUGAUGAGUCAGGAGAUAUUGAUGAUAAUGCACAAGGAACUGGUAUUGGUGAAGGUGAUGGCACAAAAGAUGUGAGUGACGAAAUUGUCAAUGAAGAGCAAGUGCUGGGAACUCAGAAUCAGGCUGAGAAGUUAUCAGGAGAGCCAACUAAUCCAAACAUAGAAAAUAAUGGUGUUGAAAUGGAAAAUGACUUUGAAGGAACACUAGAAAGUACUGAACAACUUGACGAUACGGAUUCAUCUCAGGAGGACGAUGACUUGUCGAAUUUGGAUGAGCAAAUUGGCAAUCUUGAUGAUGACGACCAAAACGUUGACGAAAAAAUGUGGAGAGAUGGUACACCCGAACAUGAGGAUAGUGGAGAAGCUGUUGAUCAAGUGCAUAAACAAUCUGACCCAAAAGGUGAAAUGGAUAUUGUUGCAAAAGAAAAUUAUAGCGAUUCUAAACAGGAAUCACAUCAAUCCAAACAGUCAGGUGAAGAAAGUUUGAGUGGAGCCGAAGAAAUUUCAAGUGAACAAAAUGAACAAAAUGAUGAUGAAUACGACAUGCAAAUUAAUGAUCAAACUAAGAUUGAAUUUGAUAUUCCUCCGGUUGAAAAUUUAGAUCUUCCAAAUGAUAUGAAUAUAGAUGAUCCUGAAGAUGAAUUUGACAAUCAAGACAAUGGAAAUAAAGUUCAUGAUGAUUAUGAUGCUGAUAACCUUGACAAUGAUGAUCUUUCUAACAUGCAUAUAGAUGUACCCGAACCUGACGCCAUCCAAGAACCUUUCACGAAAGAUCAAGAAGAUAGUAAAUCUGUCAAUUCAUUGGUAACUGAGACUAUGGUAGAUGAACCAGACAGCACUAAUAAUAUGGAUGAUAUUGACGGACAAUCAGAUAAAAUGGAUGAUAUUGACGGACAAUCAGAUAAAAUGGAUGAUAUUGACGGACAAUCAGGUAAAGCGACUGCUAUCCCAGAAGAAAGAUCUCGUAAAGACUCACAAGAACAUCUCACGAAAGAUCAAGACGAUAAUAAAUCUGUCAAUUCAUUGAUAACUGAGGCUAUGGUAGGUGAACCAGACUGCACCAAUGAUAUGGAUGGUAUUGACGGACAAUCAGGUAAAGUAACUGCUAUCCCAGAAGAAAGAUCUAGUAAAGACUCACAGGUCGUGAGAGAGAAUAUUAAACACGAUGAUAGUUCCAUGAAUGAUAUCCCCAUGAAUGAUAUAUACCCAAGCAAUAAUGGAGAGAAUAACGAUUUAGAUAAAAACCUUGGAACUUGUCAAGAAAGGCUGAACUGUAAUUUAAAGGAUGUCAACCCCCAUAGGAGUCUUGGUGAUGCUCUUGAACAAUGGCGUCGGAGACUUGAAAUAAUUGAUGAAAAUUCGAGCUCCCAAUUUAAACAAAACAAUGAUCUUCAAAGUAACAUAGAGCAAAAAUUAAACGAAAGUAAAAAUUUUGAAUAUAUAAAAGAUGAUGAUGUUUCUCAUGAUCUUCAGGUGAUGGCUGCAGCCACUGAAGAUCAAUUAAAAGCGGUUGAAACAAUUGACAACAAUGAUCAAACUUGUAAUUAUGAAUCUGUUUACGAAGACAAAGAGAUCGAAGAUUCCAUUAAUAUUCAAAAUGACAAAACUAUUUGUGAUGACACGGGUAGUUUACGACAGGAACUUGAAAUUAAAUUGUCAGAAUGGCGGCAGUCCGAUCGAAACAUUACCAAAUCAAGAGAACUCGGGCAAAAAGAUGAAAACCUUACUUAUGAUUCCAUUAAUAUUCAAAAUAACCAAUCUAUCCGUGAUGACACAGAUAGUUUACGACAGGAACUUGAAAUUAAACUGUCGGAAUGGCGGCAGUCCGAUCGAAACAUUACCAAAGCAAGGGAACUCUGGCAAAAAUACGAAAACCUUACUUAUGAUUUGGCUAAUGGUCUUUGUGAACAAUUGCGAUUAAUUCUAGAGCCUACCCUUGCCACGAAAUUAAAAGGAGAUUACCGGACUGGCAAAAGGCUCAAUAUGAAAAAGAUUAUACCGUAUAUUGCCAGUAAUUUUAAAAAGGAUAAAAUUUGGCUUCGCCGCACAAAACUAAGCAAACGACAAUAUCAAGUCAUGAUAGCAGUCGACGAUUCAAAAUCAAUGAGUGAAACUCGUUCGAUUCAACUCGCCUAUGAGACAUUAGCUUUGAUAUCUAAAGCAUUAUCGCAACUCGAAGUUGGUGAUAUUUCUGUUGUUAGUUUUGGAGAAAAGGUGCAAUUACUUCAUCCCUUUGAUCAACCGUUUAGCAGCGAAGCAGGAGCACAACUUAUACAUCAAUUUACAUUUGGACAAAACAAGACCUACGUCAGAUCAUUAAUGGAAGCAUCUAUCGAACUUUUGGAACGUGCCAGAAACAGAUAUAAUGGUGUAACACAGAGAAAAGAGUUAUGGCAACUUCAACUAAUAGUAUCAGAUGGUGUAUGUGAAGACCAUGAAACUCUUAAAUCUCUUGUCAGAAGAGCAACUGAAGCACAAAUAAUGGUUGUAUUUAUAAUUGUUGAUAACAAAUCAGAAAAAGAUUCUAUAAUAUCGAUGAAUCAAGUCAAGUAUAAAUCAGUAAAUGGGAUAAUGACACUUAGUAUGGAACGAUAUCUAAAUACCUUUCCGUUUGACUAUUAUGUAAUUUUAAGAGAUAUCAAUGCACUGCCAGAAAUUCUUGCUGAUACGCUAAGACAAUAUUUUAGUAUUGUUAGCCAGAAUAUUUUAUAG